CAACAAGCAAAGGAAGCAUCAGGUUCAGAGCUCACGACAUCCACACUCUCAAAUGUGCGGCAAUAGUGCAGGCGACCAAGGAAGACGUCGUCUUUGAUAAAGUCCCGUUGAGCACGCAGUUGAAAGGCUAUCCUCUUUACAGUGCUGGAACGGUGGAGGUCUUUGGCUCGAACGCAAUCUGCCGAUACAUCCUGUCUGUGGCGUCCGACAAGGAAACGGUGAUUGGGCCCGAUCACGCGAGUGAAGGGAAACUGGUCGAGGAGUGGUUGGAACAGGCUGAAACAGCCCUUGACAAGUCGGCACUGGGAUGGUUCACAGACAUCGCGUUCGGUGCCGCAGACACUUCUGCGCAUCAGUCAGAGGCUGCCAAAUUUUUGGAAAAGAUGGAGAAGGUUUGUACAGCGGGUGCUCCGAAGCCCCUGCUCAGCAGUCUAUCUCUUGCUGACGUAGCCAUAUGGGCUGCGCUCUACCCUGGUUAUGGUGCUGGUGGUGUUCUGAGCGACGCAGACAAGUCAAAGUAUCCAGCAGUGGAGGAGUGGUUCAACAUGAUGUCGGGGGUUCAAUGCUGCAAGGACGCGCUUGUACGACUGAGGUGCCGAUCUGCUCGCACGUUGCUUCCUCCUUCAAAACCGAAGGAUGCAAGUGAGGAGAGAUUCUACAUUACUACGGCCAUCAACUAUACCAACGGAAACCCACACAUGGGUCAUGCCUACGAGGCGGUGACCUCCGACAUCAUCGCUAGGUGGCAUCGCGCGUAUGGACGGAAAGUGUUCUACCUCACUGGAACUGACGAACACGGACAGAAGAUUGCAGACACUGCGGAGAACCUUGGUGUGAAACCGAUUGACAUCUGUGACAAGUAUGCCAAUGCAUUCCAAGAGCUGAAUAAGAGGCUCGGAAUUUCAAAUGAUUUCUACAUCCGAACCACCAUGGAUAAGCAUAAGAAACUUGCACAGCUUUUGUUCUUGAAGGCUGCAGAUGCUGGGGAUAUAUAUCUCGAUACCUAUGAAGGAUGGUAUAAUGUGAGGGAAGAAACAUUCGUAACUGAAACGGAAGCCCAAGCAAGCGAUUACAAGGAUCCCUCAUCUGGAAAGCCACUCGAAAAGCGCACGGAAGAAUCGUACUUCUUCCGCAUGUCUAAAUAUCAAGAUCGCCUCCUUGCGUACAUCGAGAAGAAUGCAGACUUCAUUCAGCCCGUCUUCAGACGCAAUGAAAUCCUGGCGAAGCUGCGUGAGCCCCUGAGGGACCUCAGCGUCUCUAGAACAAACUUUGAUUGGGGUAUCCCUGUGCCUGAGCACCCUGCGUUGAAAUCAGACAAGAAGCAUGUCAUGUACGUUUGGUUUGACGCCCUCUCCAACUAUGUCACCGGGUGUGACUGGCCCGAUGGCCCAAAUCGUGACUUUUGGCCCGCCAACAUUCAUUUGAUUGGCAAAGAUAUCAUUUGGUUCCAUUGUGUAAUCUGGCCAUGUAUGCUAUUCUCUUGCGAGAUGCCCCUUCCAAAGUGUGUGUAUGCUCACGGCUUCAUCAAUGAUAAGGAGGGCAAGAAGAUGUCAAAGAGCUUGGGCAAUGUUAUUGACCCUCAUGAGCAAUUAGACAAAUUCUCUUCGGACUCUUUCCGCUUCUACCUUGCCUACGCCUCUCCCUUUGGUCAGGACAUCCCCUUUGCAGAGGAGGGUCUGUCCACUAUGCACAAUGCAGAACUUGCCGAUUCACUUGGAAAUCUGAUGCACAGAGCGACCAACAUUACUCAGAAGUACUGCGGUGGUAAGGUUCCGGAUGUCACAGCUGAACCUUGCUUUGACUUCCUCCGACUGUGCGCCGAAUCAUGUGCAGCUUACGAGGCCUUUCAACUGCAGGAUGCUGCCAUGAUUGUCUUGACAGCGGUCAAGGAUACCAACAAGUAUCUUACUGAGUUGGCUCCUUGGCACAUCAAGGCCGACCCGGCCAACGGGGUGACAGAGGAGCAAGCGCAACACAAGAGGAUGGUCGUCUGUCGAUCGGUGCUGGAGGCCAUGUACAUUCUCGCUCACUUUCUGCAGCCUCUGCUUCCCAACGGCUCCUUAGAGAUGUUCUGCAAGCUGGGAACCAAUCCGGUCAGCAUUCCCAAGCUCGAUCCUAGUUUCAACAAUCUGAAACCUGGAACCACUACCCAUGUGGGAGAUGUUCUCUAUGCGAAGAUUGAGAAGACAGUCACCGAGCAGAAAGAGAUCUUCCCUUGCGACAUGCGUGUGGGCAGGAUCGAUAGCGUGGAGGACCAUCCAGAGGCAGAGAACCUGUACGUCCUCAAAGUGUUUCUUGGAGACGAGCUGGGAGUCAAGACGGUCUGUGCUGGCCUCAAGGGGAAGUAUGAAGUCAGCGAGCUGCAGAGCAGAAGCGUCGUCGUGCUGAUGAACCUGAAGCCUGCGGAGUUCAAGGGGAUCAAGAGCGAGGGGAUGGUGCUUGUGGGUGACCAGCAGAAGCCCACCAAAGUCCAGGGGCUCCUGCAGGUUGCUGACACUUCCGUCGCCCCUGGGACGAAGCUUGAGGCCAAGGGGGCGGACACAGUGGUGGCCGAGAACAUGGAGCUGAAGGUGUUCCAGAAGCUCGAGCUUAAGGUGAGAUCCCUGCUGGGGUUCUUGCUGGGAUGA